CGCAUUCACUUUUUAUCCAUUCACACUUUUUACACAAACAAAGGGACUCUCAACCCUUUUCAACGCGCGCAACAAACUACAUUCAUUUACUUCUAUUUAACAUCCCAUCCCAUCGUACUGCGCGACCGUCCAACGAUACAUCAAUCAUUCGACACGAUGUCGACCCUUGCAGACGAACUAUUGCAAGAUUUCGAGGACUCCGGGUCCGAGAAUGGCGAGGAUCAGAAUGAAAUUGGCCUCGAAUUCGAUGGCCCGGCUAUCGGUCCCCCAGCGAAUCACGAUAAUAACGAUAUGGUGUUGGAUGGCGAUGAAGAGGAAGAACCUGACGAGGAUGAAGAAAUGAGUGGCAUAAAUGGCGGGACCGAACCCGUCGAGGACGAGGAAGCGACCAAAGCGAAGGUCGAAAAGAUGCAGUUGGGCGGAGUUAAGGAUAUUCGCAAGGUUACCACUGUUAUGGACAGAUUGGAUCCUCUCCUUAAGGAUAUCGUCCACUAUCAAUCAAAACCUCUCGCGCCUCAUACCACCAACAUAGGUAAUAUCGAGGAUAACCCCGAAUACAAGAUCCUCACUGAAUCCAAUACUCUCUCCACCCAGAUCGACGGCGAGAUCAUGAAGGUUCAUAAGUUCAUCAGAGAUCAUUAUUCCGCUCGAUUCCCCGAACUCGAAACUCUCGUUCAGAACCCCAUCGAGUACGCUAAGGUCGUGACCAUUCUCGGAAAUGGCCCUAUGGAUUCGGAUAGCAUCAAAGCCCUCCAAGGGUCGACCGAAAAUGCACUAGGCGAAUCACUCAAGUCGGUUCUAGAUGGUCCUUCAUUGAUGAUUGUCACAGUCGAAGCUACUACAACGAAGGGUCACGAAAUUAGCCAAGAGGAGCUCGAGCGCAUUCUUAAAGCCUGCUACAUGAUGAUCAAGAUGGAUAAGGCCAAGAAAACACUCACGGACUAUGUCCAGUCUCGAAUGAAUAUAUUCGCUCCUAACUUGACGGCUUUAGUCGGAUCACUUACGGCCGCGCAAUUGAUCAAUACGGCUGGAGGUUUAACGAAUCUCUCUCGAACGCCAGCUUGCAAUCUCGCCGCUUGGGGCUCUAAAAGAAUAGGAAACACGGCUUUCGCCACCAAUGUGGGGGUUAAGCAACAAGGUUAUCUUUUCCAUUCGCCAAUUAUCCGUGGCAUCCCCAACGAUAUAAAGAAAAAGGCCAUGAAGGCAGUAGCAGCAAAACUUGUUUUGGCUGCGCGUGCAGAUACUGGUCAUACGAACCCCGACGGAUCAUACGGCGAAGAACUACGAAGUCAAUGUCUAGAGAGAUUGGAUAAACUGACAGAACCGCCCCCCAACAAGGGUCAGCGAGCCUUACCAGCCCCAGACGACAAGCCCUCACGAAAGCGAGGUGGACGACGAGCACGCAAGGCAAAGGAAGCAACGGCGAUGACCGAACUUCGUAAAGCUCAGAACCGCAUGGUUUUUGGCAAGGAAGAACGAGAAACCGACUACGGCAUAGGUGAUUCUUCGGCGGGCAUGGGCAUGAUUGGCCAGACGAACGACGGACGAAUACGGGGUAUGCAGAUUGACAACCGGACGCGCGCGAAGCUGAGUCAGAAAUCCAAGGGUUGGGGCGGCGCGACACCCAUCGGUGGCUCGGCGUCGUCGCUACGCGGAUUCGGCCAAUCGGGCAACAACAUUGACCUACGCGGUAAGGGACUACGUACUUCAGGGGUAGGGUCUACGAUCGGUGGUGGUGCGGGGACUGCCUCUUCCCUGGCGUUCACACCGGUCCAGGGACUCGAGCUCGUGGACCCCAAGGUACAAGCUGAGCUUAACCGCAAGAGAAAGGCGGAGGAGGACCGCUGGUUUAAGGGUGGUACUUUCACCCAGGUCGCAGGCAGUGGGACGGCUAGUAACGGUGGUGCACCCCCUCCGAACAAGAAAGUCGACACCGGUGCUGGCAAAAUGGGGCCCCCGUCACUCCCCGCUAAGAAAUAAGGCGGAGGUGAGGAGGUGGAUGGGUUCAAUGGGUCCCCUUCGAUGUAGAUGACCCCGAAAUUUCGCGAAGUAGGGGUUAGGGGUUCUUAUUUUCUGCAGUGUACGGCAGAACGGACCAACAACGUAAGGGGUUUAGGUAUGGCGUCUAAGAGCCGGUGGGGUUUAGUCAACUGUUUUUGCCUCUUUUUGUCCUUGUUCUUACAGCAGCACUAGGUUCGGUCGCAUAGUAUUGGCGUUUUUGGCUGGAAAGGAGGCUAGAGUCGUAACUAGGCUAGCUAAGCUACAUAUAGGUAGCUACAUAUAUCAAAGAACGAGCGCCAAAAUGGUUGGGGGCCUUUUUUGGUAUCUGCUGAACUAACUGGCUUUAUUACUGCAGAAUCGUGCGUCUAGU